UAAAUUUGGAAAAUAGAAUGUCAUUGGAAUAUACUCUGCAAAAGUAGUAUAAAUAUCAAGAGAAUAACAAUUGGUAAAUCAGUAUCAGUAGUUUCAUUCUAGAAAUCAAUACUUCCUCAAAUCAAAAUGAAAUUCUUCGCCGCUGUCUUGUUCUCCGUCGUUGCCUUGGCUGCCGCCGAUGUCAGCCACUUGAACAGAAAUUACUUGCCACCCCAUGGUGCUGCCAGCACCACUCAUGAACAUUACGAAUCGGCUCCUUCAAGCUUUAGUUCCAGCACUGAUACCUUCAAAUCUGAAUCCAGCUACUCUGCUCCUGCUGCAGCAUCCUCUUUCACCUCCAAACAAUACUCUGCUCCCGACAGCGCUGGCACUUUCAGCAGCCGUUUCUCUUCUGACUCAAGCUCAGACAACUCUGGCUCCAGCUUCUCUGCUCCCGAUAGUGCAGCUUCCUUCACCUCUUCCAAGACUGCUGAAUACAAGGCUCCCGCCACCAGCUCUUUCAAAUCUGGCUCCAGCUACUCUGCUCCAGAAAGUGCCGCUUCUUUCAAUACCUUCAAGACCACUGAAUACAAAGCUCCCGCUUCCAGCUCUUUCAAAUCUGGCUCCAGUUACUCUGCUCCCGAAACUGCUGCAUCUUUCUCUUCUUUCAAGACCACUGAAUACAAAGCUCCCGCUUCCAGCUCUUUCAAAUCUGACUCCAGCUACUCUGCUCCCGAAACUGCUGCUUCUUUCUCUUCUUUCAAGACUACUGAAUACAAAGCUCCCGCUACCAGCUCCUUCAAAUCUGACUCCAGCUACUCUGCUCCUGAAGCUGCAUCCUCUUUCACCUCCAACCAAUUCUCUGCUCCUGACAGCUCUACCAGUUUCAGCAGCCGAUUCUCAGAUGACUCCAGCUCUUUCAAAUCUGGUUCCAGCUACUCUGCCCCCGAGACUGCCGCCUCAUACUCUGCUCCUUCAUACUCCACCUCUUUCACCGACUCCAGCUUCUCUGCUCCUCAAGCUGCUGCCUCUGGUGUUGAUACCCAAUACGCUCCUAAUGGCGGUUAUGUCUACUAAAUUUGAAAAUCGAAAACGAUAAUAAAGCAAUUUCUAAAAAUAUAUAAAUAUGUUAAUAAAUGCAUUUAAUUUGAAAGUUAA